AUGCCAGCCGACUAUGAGCACCUCAGGACGAGGUUGCGCAUCGAGCAGAGCAGGUGUCUGCAUUGGGGCCAAAAUGUUGGCUUGGCAGAGGAUCUGCUUGAUGAGACGAACCAACUUCUCCGUCUGAAUCAUAACUUGGUGUUGGAUGUACUGCACGAGAUACAAAGGUCAUUUCGUUCAUGCCUGGAGAUCACCACCAGGUAUGAUCCAAACCCUCUGCAAAAGAUCAUCUCAUUUUGGAAGCGCAGCGGUCGAGUGGUAGGGAGGGUUGAGUGGGCAAUGCUGAAGAAAGGCUCAUUCGAAGACCUGGUGACGACGUUGAUUAGUUAUAAUGACCGCAUAGAGUCAUUGUUGGAUCGCAAGUCACUGGACGACGUCCGUACAAUGCAGGUGCGGUCGAACCUUAUGCUGCUGCAGGUCACUGACAAGAUCGAUGCGCUGCACACGCUUGUUGAUGCGAUCAGAGUCGGACGAGAAGAACCUGGGAACGCUACCGACGACCUUUCGCGCGCAUCGACGCUCGUAGAACCGGAAGAAACAGGGAAGGCGGCACUCAUAUCUCUGGCGGAGUUCAAGAUGCACCGGCUCAGGAUGGAGCUGCUUUUGCCCACCGCAGAAUCUCAGCUCAUCCCGAUUGACUCGGUUACUUUGAAAGGACCACCGUCACUAACAGGUCGCCAAAGAGGCAUGCUGAGCUCGAAGCCUGUUUGGCUAGAGUGGCGGGAAAGUGCUGACGAAUUCAUGACCAACAGCAAUCGUGCACGGCAGGUCGACGCUCGCGUGCAGCAGCUGGCUGCGGUCCUGGGCACUCGGAGCAAGCCUGCCAUUUUCCGGACGCUGGAUUGUAACGGAUAUACAAGGGUCGUGAAAGACGGUCGGACCCGAUAUGCACUGGUUCACACCUUGCCCAAGGAGAGACCAUCGGCAGGGAAGGUGCGCCUGAUAUCUCUCCGUGAGCUCAUCGAAGACGGCAGGGUGCCAUCCUUGAGCGAUCGUGUAGAACUGGCAUCGGCUCUUGCAGCUUCUUUGCUGUAUCUUCAUGUCAUGGACUGGGUGCACAAAGAUGUCCGUAGCGACAAUGUCCUCUUCACGAGACCCACCGACGGGACCCUGAUGCUGACGAAACCAAUUGUGGCGGGCUUUGAAUUCUCGCGACCCUCAGUGCCUGACGAGCCUACCGUGACGCAUGUGUAUACGCUGAAGCAGGCUUUGUAUCGUCAUCCGGAUCUUCUGUCUCAGGCGGUCGAUCGGUCGACGAAGUCUCACGAUAUAUACAGCUUGGGCCUGGUGAUGGCUGAGAUCGCUUUGUGGCGACCAAUCGAAGAGAUUGUCGAUAUUGAAGUCCGCCGGACGAAAGCGAUGCAAGUGCAAGGCCUGGUGUUAAACGAAGACAUUCUCACGAGAAUCACGAGCCGCGUCGGGCGGAAGUUCUGUGGUGCCAUGCAACGAUGCGUAGACGGCUCUCUCGUGGCGCGUGUUGUCGAUGAAGCUGGCGACGAGGAGUCGCCUGCGGUGGCAGCGGAGAUAGUACGACUGUUUCACGAGGGGGUGGUGACAGAGCUGAGGUCCAUCAAGAUGUAG